AUGGCGUCCUCUUCUGCGGAUAGCCCUGAGGUUAUCGAGCUGGACGACUUGGCCAGCAUUGGGGCCUUUGGGGAGAAGGGCGAGUCUGUCAUUGAAUACCCACGGGUCUCUUCGUCAUCUACCAGGCGAGGGAGUGGCGCUGCUACCUCUGGUCCUGGUCUAAGGAGGUCCCAACCUGACUUGAUUGACGUUCAUCAGACUCCUCCUCCUCCUCCAGAGAGGGAUAACCAACAAGGUGGGGGAUUCACGGAUCUGCUAACUAGGAACUGGCAGUCGGCGACUGGCUGGGUAUGGCAAUCACCUACGGUGAAUACGACCGAGACUGGAGGGAGGCUUAUAGAUGGUGGUGGUGCUGAGCGCUCUAUUAUGGAUAUGGAGCCACCGUCUUCUGUGGGUGAACAGUCUAGCUCUCAUCACGGUCUAGACAUUGGAGCAACAUCGCAUUCAUUGGGCCCUCCUGUCGUAGUGGAUCGGAAGCGACGGGUAUCCACCGCAAGCUCGCGCCAGGAGGCUGGCCGCGUCUUGAGGGACGACUUCUUGGCGAGCGUAGAAGUGGUGCCUCCCACGCUGAUUGACGUGGGAGAAGCUGCACCAGCGAAGGAAGUCGCUGAGAAUCGCGAAGGGAUAAUGGGAGGUAUCAUGGACUGGUGGGCUCGCGAGGAGAAGGAUAAACCCACCUCCGAUGACCACGAUAAUGACUCCCAGUCAAAGUUGAAUGCAGAGAAGGUCGCUGCUGAGGAGGAGGAUGUGGAUCCGCCCGAGACACACAACACGGCGUCCGAAGUCCCCCUUAAUCGGUUUGUUCCUAGGCCAGUGAUUGGCAAGAGCGCGUUGGGUAUCCUUGAGGGCUACUCGGACUCCGAGGUCUAUUCACUGUCUAGUACAAGCAGUAGUGAUCCGGUAGAGUUGCCCAAGUUUAUGGGCAGGGGAACAAGACCAAGUGGGGUCAUAGUAUUGACCUACUGGGCUUGCAAGAUGCCCCAUUGCCGAGGGGCUGGCUGGCCGAUGUCCACUCAGGAUUCCGAAUAG